AACUUGUAACUUUGGUUUUCUAGGUUCAGCACUUCAAGACAAACGCUUAUGUGGAUUCCAGACUCCUUUUUUUCCAGUUUGCUGAGUGGAAGAAUUUCAACGCUGAAGGAUGAAACUGGUGCUAUAUUUAUUGAUCGAGAUCCAGCAGCAUUUGCGCCCAUUUUAAAUUUUCUUCGCACAAAGGAGUUAGACUUAAGGGGAGUGAGUAUUAAUGUUCUCAGGCAUGAAGCUGAAUUCUAUGGAAUCACUCCCUUAGUGAGAAGAUUGCUACUAUGUGAAGAACUGGAACGCUCAUCUUGUGGCAGUGUCCUUUUUCAUGGCUACCUGCCUCCUCCAGGCAUUCCCAAUCGUAAAAUAAAUAAUGCUGCUGGGCCACCAACUGAUGUUAGAACUGGUCAAAAUGUCUCUGAAAGUGAGAUUCAUGGAGGUGUCCAACCUACACUUGCUGGUACUGGUGAAGGUACAGUCAGACUAGGAUUUCCUGUGGACCCACGGAAAGUCCUAAUAGUAGCUGGCCACCACAAUUGGAUAGUAGCUGCCUAUGCCCACUUUGCUGUUUGCUACAGAAUCAAAGAGUCAUCUGGGUGGCAGCAGGUGUUCACGAGCCCCUAUCUGGACUGGACAAUUGAGCGAGUGGCUCUCAAUGCAAAGGUAGUUGGAGGACCUCAUGGAGACAAGGAUAAGAUGGUUGCAGUUGCCUCGGAGAGUAGCAUAAUCUUGUGGAGCAUUCAAGACGGUGGUAGUGGCAGUGAAAUUGGAGUGUUCAGUCUUGGAGUCCCUGUAGAUGCUCUCUUCUUCAUUGGCAACCAGUUGGUGGCUACAAGCCAUACAGGGAAAGUGGGAGUGUGGAACGCUGUGACUCAGCAUUGGCAGGUUCAGGAUGUUGUUCCUAUCACAAGCUAUGAUACUGCUGGAUCUUUUCUGCUGCUGGGCUGUAACAACGGCUCUAUCUACUACAUAGACAUGCAGAAGUUCCCACUGCGAAUGAAAGACAAUGAUCUUCUAGUGACAGAAUUGUACCAUGAUCCCUCCAAUGAUGCAAUAACGGCGCUCAGUGUCUACCUCACACCUAAAACAAGUGUAAGUGGCAAUUGGAUUGAGAUUGCAUAUGGCACCAGCUCUGGAGCAGUGAGGGUGAUUGUACAGCACCCCGAAACGGUUGGAUCUGGGCCUCAGCUAUUUCAGACCUUCACAGUUCAUCGAAGUCCUGUGACGAAGAUCAUGCUCUCAGAGAAACACCUCGUAUCAGUUUGUGCUGAUAACAAUCAUGUACGGACGUGGACAGUGACUCGGUUCCGGGGCAUGAUUUCAACUCAGCCAGGCUCAACACCUCUUGCAUCAUUCAAAAUCUUAUCCCUGGAGGAAGCAGAGAGUCAUGGCAGUUACUGUUCUGGAAAUGACAUUGGACCCUUUGGUGAACGUGAUGAUCAACAGGUGUUUAUCCAAAAAGUUGUUCCCAUCACCAAUAAGCUGUUUGUAAGGCUGUCUUCAACUGGGAAAAGGAUCUGUGAGAUCCAGGCAGUUGACUGCACUACCAUCUCAUCAUUUACUGUGCGAGAAUGUGAAGGAUCCAGCAGAAUGGGCUCCCGGCCGCGCCGCUACCUCUUCACUGGGCAUUCAAAUGGCAGCAUCCAGAUGUGGGAUCUGACCACAGCUAUGGACAUGGUUAAUAAAAGUGAAGACAAAGAUGUUGGUGGCCCCACAGAGGAAGAGCUGCUCAAGUUGCUUGACCAGUGUGACUUAAGUACAUCUCGCUGUGCUACACCCAACAUCAGUCCUGCCACCUCAGUAGUUCAGCCAAACCGUCUGCGGGAGUCUAAUUCCAGCCUCCAAUUGCAGCACCAUGAAACAAUCCAUGAAACAGCCACGUAUGGUUCUGUGAGGCCAUACAGAGAGAGCCCCCUACUGGCAAGAGCAAGGCGGACCGAGAGCUUUCACAGUUACCGGGACUUCCAGGCUUUUAACUUAUCCAGCAAAAGCCCAACAGAAAAAACAGCUCCUGCAAAUGGGAAUUCAAGCCAGACAGAGGCCAGGAAGUCAGCAGCUGAGGUCAGUGCAACUGAGAGGAAGGCAGUCCUGACAGCAGCACUUGAAGUGCGAGGCACAGGUGUGACAGAUGGAGGUGGGUGUUGUGGUACAGAGGUUCACCGUCUGCCAGAGUGUUCUCUGGAUCUCAAAAGAAGAGGAGCUGAAGAGGAGAGUGAAGCCAAAGCAGAAAGCAAAAAGAAAAUGGGGUUUGAAGGAGCUGGUUUCCUGGGAAGGAAGAAAGUGCCUCUCCUGGCCUCUGCACCAGUCUUUGCUGAAGGUGGGCCUGAAUUACCUGCUGCAGCUUCUCCAUCGCCUACAAAGACAGCUGCUUCACCACGUCACCGGAAGAAUGACUCAUCCUGGGAAGACUAUGGCUUGUGAAAACGUGACUGGUGGCAAAGAUGAGGUGCAGGUGCCCUCUGGCUGGUAGCAGGCAUAAUAUUAUGUGUUGUGGGUUGUUUCUUGAAUGGGACUUUGUUCUGAUACCCGGAAUG